AUGGAUCUGAUCGCAAGGGGAGCGAAAGCGAAAGGGACGUCACCUAUCAAGUCGAUGGCGGAAGCCCAACGUCAAACGCCAUCGGAGCUGGGUCCUCGCCAGACUCGACACGUCAUUGGUGGUUUAUUGCAACCGAGCUCAAUCUCGUGGCUCCGACCAACCAUCAGGUUUCUUUUCCCCAGCAAUGCAGGCAGGAUACAGAUGAUAUGCGGGCCGGUGGAAAUGGGCGGGGUCGUGAUUACUUCGAAGUUCGAAAGUGAUGACGUCCCUGCGUGCUCAAUGUUUGUCAAAGUUGGAAGUUGGGUGACGGCGACGCGUGAAAGACAAGGAAACCCAGCUGUGGCUAAGGAUGAGGCUGGUGCUUUGGAAGUUCGCAGCGAAGGCGCACCUGCCAAACCAUCUCAUCGCAAGUUCGCGACUACGUCUUCAGCUGGAAAGAACAUUCGCUAUCCGUACCUUCCUCAGAUUCCGUAUCCCAAUAGCAUGGGAUGUGCGCUCUUUCCCUCCGAGAUUCAGGAUACGCAUCACUCACAAGACUACUUAGUUACAAAGACACAGACAGGUCUACUUAAGCUGUUCUCCUGCCGUGGCGGUUUACACGUGGAUGAACCAUCCUGCUCCCCGGCUUUAGGCGACUUGAAUCCUCAACCAGCUGCGUCGCACAAGCAAUCUUCAACGUCUCAACCCUGUCGCUUUUACUUCGACAUCGAGCAUUGCCUGGCCAUAUCAGAGAAUUUGGCAUCCCGUCUAUGA